CGGAGUCCAUAUGGGCAAUAGUAGAUUUGAUGACUUUCAUUGCACUUUCUGUGCCCGCUGCCUGGAUGAACUGAAGUGAAGGGAAUGGACCGGCAGAGCGGCUAUCGGGAAAGGUCGGAGAAAGGCGGUGCAACAGGGGCUCAAGGAUGGAAAGGCAAGUUGAAAGGCAAGGGCAAGAGCAAGGGUGACUGGAGAAAGGGCCAAGUAGCACCUUUGAAUCUUCCAACAGCGAAGUGGCCUGAACUCUGUGCUGCAGCCUCAUACUGCUAUGCCUUGAAGGAUCCUCAUUUCGAAGUCUUGUCACCUGCUUGUCACUGUCGCUGGUUCAAGCACGAUCCAUGUGCGCUAAAGCUGACGAACCUGAGAUUUGAAGCGUUGAAGGAGAUGCAGAGGUUGUCAGGAGGCUUCGAAGUGACUGUCGGUCUCUUGGCCUCUCUGGGUGCCACGGAGCCGGGUGCCGUGCUACGCUGGGCGAAGUCACUGGAGCCGCAUCAGGGAGAGCUUCUUGGUGCUUUGCUGGUCUUGAAGUCUGCGGAACUUCACCUGGGCGCGAGGAGCUCCGCGGAGGCCGAAGAGAUGUGCCGACGCUGCGAAGCGCUGACGGCGAAGAGUUCCGAGGUGCUGGAACUCAUGGGGAGACAAAAGCUUGAAGAGAUCUUGGGGCAAACUUUUGGUGUCAUCAAAGGCCUUUGGUCCUUUUUCGAGCUGUGGGAGCGGCUUCUGCCAUCCAAAGUGCUUUGUCCCCUCAGUGACACGGGCGCAAUCUUUUGUACUCGAUUCUUCUUGGUGGACUUGGCAACUGCCGCGUGGUCCCCUUAUGAGAUUGACGAGUGCUAUCCCCUUUUCAUCAAAAGCAACCAGGUAUAUAUGGGGCAACUCCCGCGUGGCUUUGCCCGCGAGACCACGGACGGAAUGCGUCAAGGUCAUCAGCUGGAGGCCGCGUGGGUCUUGAACUCUCAUUUGGAAGAAGAAAAGAUCUUGAUGUCUUUCCAGCUUCCCUGUGGCCAACAUGUCAUCUAUGCUGCUGCGCCGGAUGCGAUCGACCCUAGAAAAUGUACCGAGAGAAUCGGUUCCGAGCCGCUGGAGAGGGAAGAAGACUUCUUAAAGGCUGGAUACGAAGCUGGGCCACCGUUUUCCUACCCCACUGAUGCCAAGAAGCAGUGCCGCAUUUGGCGAUCGCAGCGUGCCUCAGCUGUUGAUGUCCCAUUGGAUGCAUACGUCGAAAUCAAGAAGACCACGCACUUGAAUGGAUUAAAUGGUAGCUACAAGCUCUUGAAGUACUGGCUACAGGCGGCUCUGGUGAAAGCUGGCGCCGUUUGCGUGGCUUUUGCAGAUGACACGGGGGGACGUGUCCCACACAGAGACCUUCACAAUGCAUCGCAUUGAAAAAGAACUUCAGGAGCGCUUUCAAGACCGGGACCUGCUGAGCAAGGAGAGGGAGCCAAAAUGUUGAGUUUCAAGCACCAUGUUGCAAUACUUAAGCAUGGCAUUUGCUGCAAGAUAGAUACCACACCCCUGGACACCUGUUCUGUUGAUAUGGAAUUCAGCAGGAGACCACAACCCUGUUUGUAGAUCAUGUUUGUUUGCCAAAGGGCUGCUGUCUGGAAAGUAAUUUGCUUGUCAAUCCAACUUAGUCUUGAGCACCAGUGAGGAAUCUCAAGACACGAAUGUGAGAGAUUAAGAACCGGGCUCUAAGAGACUAAGACCCUUGAAGAAAGAAUGACCUACUAUGACACAUGGCCUUCUCAACAAGGAUUCUACAAGCAACCGGCCGCAUAGCUGCCCACUGUUCAUCGGAAAUUCAUCGUUUCAGUCGAACCUUCGUCGCCUAUGACGCGAAGCUCUAACCCAGCAGGUGUGGGCCUCUUUGUACAGUUCCUUGCAGCACCUCCCUGCCGCCACGUCCCAUGACACGCGCCGCACGCUGCGCUUGCGGAAACGCCGGGGUUAUGGAGAGCAGACGCAGGUACAGCUGGAGGAGGGUUGGGGAGAGAUGGCCUCUGCAAUGGAAGAGGAUCCCUUUGAGCAGCGGGCGGUGCAGUUGUUCACACCUGAAGUCCCCUAGUGGGACUGCAUUUGUCAGCCUUUCAACUGCAAACACAAGAUCGAUGUGGAUACACAAGCGAAGAGAUGUGUGAAUGUGACGUGGGUCGAUGACGGGUGUUUCUUCUUUCUUCGCCGGGCCAUGGGUCUUUGGACGCCCCUAAGAGGCGGUGAGAUCGACGUUUGGGAGCGCCCAACGUCCACGUUUGUUGCGGACCGGCGAUGGGCCGGAUGCCCUGGACCGGCAUACCAGUAACGCAGGAAGCCUGCAUGGCAGCCUGCAGCCACGCAGCCGGCCACGCAGCCUGCGCGGAGACCACUGUGGGAAAA